AUGGGGAGAGAGGGCGUCGCGCACCCCGAGGCCAUGCGGGGCCGCGACGCGCAGUUGAUGAGCAGUUUGAACUUGAAUUGCACAGGUCCGUGGGACGGCCCGAACCAUGGUAUCACGAACUAUAACUUUGGUCUGGCCAUGCGUGCGGUCCCAGUGUGUACGAUGGAGGGCUGGACAGAAGUGUUGAUCAAUGAUGCAGUGGCCACAGAGUGGCCGUGGAUAUAUUUUAUAAGUUUGAUCAUCAUUGGCUCAUUUUUUGUACUCAACUUGGUUCUCGGUGUACUUAGCGGUGAAUUUUCUAAAGAGCGAGAGAAAGCCAAAGCGAGAGGGGACUUCCAGAAGCUGAGAGAGAAACAGCAGAUUGAGGAGGAUCUCCGCGGCUACCUCGACUGGAUCACGCAAGCCGAAGACAUAGAGGAGCCGGACGCCGACAGUAAUGGCGAGUCGGUGGCGAAGGCGAAGGCGGCGGCGCUAGAGGUGGAGAAUCGAGGCUACUUUGUGUCGCUGUUUAACCGGUUCGACUGCUUCGUCGUCUGCGGCAGCGUCAUGGAGACGGCGCUCAACAAGACGAACAUCAUGCCGCCUCUAGGGGUUAGCGUGCUGCGCUGCGUGCGCCUCGUGCGCGUCUUCAAGGCCACCAGGUACUGGGCAUCGUUGCGCAACCUGGUGGCGUCCUUGCUCAACUCACUACGGUCGAUCGCCAGUUUGCUGCUGCUGCUCUUCCUCUUCAUCCUCAUCUUUGCUCUGCUGGGCAUGCAGGUGUUUGGAGGCAAGUUCAACUUCCCGCAGGGCAAGCCGCGCAGUAACUUCGACACGUUCUGGCAGUCUCUGCUAACAGUCUUUCAGAUAUUAACGGGUGAGGAUUGGAACUCGGUGAUGUAUGAUGGCAUCCAGGCGUUCGGCGGUGUUGGCUCUAAGGGCGUACUCACCUGUUUCUACUUCAUCAUCCUCUUCAUCUGUGGUAACUACAUCUUGCUGAACGUGUUUCUCGCCAUCGCCGUCGACAACCUCGCGGACGCCGAGAGUCUGACGGCGAUAGAGAAGCAGGAGGAGCAGGAGAAGGAGAAGAAGAAGGUGACGAGCAGGGAGGCGUCGCCGCUGCCCCUGCCAGGUGAGCCACCUACCGAGGAGCAGGCGGACGGCGGCAGCAGCGGCGGCGGCGGCGCAGAGGCUGAGAUGCCGAUGUCGAAUCACAAGAACUACACGGGGUCGGCUGCUACGUUCGAGGCUCACCGGCCGGAGUCACCCGAUGACAGCCUGAGCAGCAACACGAAGGUCCACAUCCACGACAGCGAGGAUGACGACAUCGACGACGCAGACGACAUGCACGCGAGAGAGACGAACGUGAAGACGAGCGUGGCGGAGGACACGACGACGUCGGCGUCGACGGCGCGGCCGCGGCGCAUGUCAGAGCUACACAUCGCUGACAAAGUGAAACCCAUCCCGCAACCCAGCUCACUUUUUGUAUUUUCCCCUACUAACAAGUUUCGUACGUUUUGCCACUGGGUCACUAACCACAGUUAUUUUGGAAACGUGGUUCUCGGAUGUAUUCUCGUCUCCAGUGCGAUGUUGGCGGCGGAAGAUCCCAUCAACCCUGAUGCUCCUCGUAACGAG